AUGUCUGAAGCUCACCUACCAGUUAGAGUUGCUUUUUUUCAUUUCAGCUUGAACUUCAAUGAUGUUGUCAAACUACAAUCGAACAAUGACAUACGCGUUAACCAUACAGGCCAUGUGCGCUACUACAUUCCAUUCUCUUCAGAGAGUCUCUGCAAACUCGAUGUGAAAUUCUUUCCGUUCGACACGCAGCAAUGCACUUUAUUAUUCGGCUCGUGGGCCCAUUCAAAUGAUUCGAUCAAGUAUUCGCUUUAUUCACCAAAGCUCUCACUGAUCGAUUUCUAUGACAAUCAAGAAUGGGAACUGGAUACGGUACGAAGCUCCGUAAAAUCAAAUGGAUUUCUAUACGAUUAUUUGGAUCCGCCAUUGUUUUGGGAAAUGAUCAUUAUCGACCUUGUAGUCGAACGACAGAGUUUUUAUUACGUAUUUAAUUUGGUGAUUCCGAGCACGAUUAUCACUCUUGUCGCUGUAAUCGGCUUUCAUACUCCGAGCACAAGCGGACGGAUGAGAGACGCCAAAUUCCGUUUGGGUAUUAUGACGUUGAUGAGUAUGUCCGUGAUUUUACUCGCCAUCGUCGAAGACAUGCCAAAAUUCAGUAUGUCGGCAAACAGAAAAGGUCGUGGAUCAUUCUCAGGAAUCCCAUUGAUAGGUUUAUACUACUUCAUUCUACUGGCCAUUAUCGGUCUUUCAACAGUCACCACAUCGAUGUUCGUAUUUUUGGAGCGUGAUGUCCGUGUGAAGCACGAUAUUCCUUGGUAUCUUGAGUGGUUGUCGUUUGACGUCCAACGAAGACGAAUGGGAAGGUUCGUGAAUUCCUUUGUUGCCUUCAAAACGCAUUCCGCGAUACAUCCACCCAUCCAUCCAUUGGUAGCUUGCUCUCAAUGGAUUCCCAAGAGCCGGUCUAGCAGUGCUAGCCAUGUGAGCAUGCUUCUCAAUGCGCGGCAGACUUGCACGUCGUCGCGUUCGCCGGUCGCGCGACAAAGUAUGGAAGCACCUUAUGAUGAUAUAAGAAUCGCUUCGAAAGUUGCUUGUAUCUUCCCAACCCAGCUAAAUAAGUGCUGUCUGCAGGAGCAUCUGCUGUCGAAUGGUCACGUGCGUACCGGUCUUCAAGGUAAAGCUAGAGGCGUAGCUGUCUCGUUGCUCAGCCUCAUUCCACGUGCUACUGCGAAUAACACUUAUCAGCUAGACAUUCCGCCACCACCGAAUUCACAGGUUUUGAUGACUUUUUGCAAAAACACAAAUAAUGAACCACUUACUCAGGAGACAACUCCACCGCGACAGAAUCUACGACGACGGCUAAGCGUUACACAGUACGAUAAUAUGGUACUAUACCAGUACUUCGAACAAGUUCUCGAAGACAUUAUUUCCUGUGCUGCAAGGAUCGAAAAGAACGUCGGAGGAAUAAGGCAAGAAGUGGCUAAACUCAAACCGCUCGAUGAUUUGAACAGCAAAUGGCAAACGGUAAUUCGACGACUAGAGAUUAUUUCUCUGAUUUUCUACGUGUCCGUACUCUUUAUAACGAUGUAUCUGUUCUUCUACCAUGAAUGGUACUGUGCGGUAGGCCACAAUCCAUGUGGUCAGAUGAAUUUGAAAUGUCCAUGGAUGGCUGUCACACCGGACGACCCACAAUGCGAACACAAUUCUUACAAUUAG